UAAUUAUUCUUCUGAUAUACAUAAAGAAGGGCAAUCAUGUAGUCCCCAGAUUUUUGGGAUACGAGAGUGAAAUUACAUAUCAUAUUUUGAGAGCGACUGGGUUACCAGCUUGUUAUCCAGAAAAUCUGUUAGUAUUCUCGAAUUAUAACAAAAUCUUAAAGGCUAUGGUUGCGAUUUUUUCCCGCCACUGGAAUAGAACUGGGCUAUCACUCUGUUCUUGCGGUUUCCAUUCUCAGCUGCAACCACAAAUCUUCGUUCCAUUUUCCCAACGAAUACUCGAACGCAACUUCAUAGAAUCUCAAGUCGUUUCUCUUCUCCAUGGCUGCAAAGAUGUCAACCAGCUCAGGCCAGUCCACGCUCACAUCAUCCGAAUGGGCCUCGACCAGUGCUGUUUCGUUCUUGCCAAGUUCAUCCGAAUCCUCACCAAAUUCAAUGUCCCCAUGGAUCCUUAUCCUCGCCUCCUCUUUGAUCAAGUCCGUCGCCCAAACCCAUUUCUUUGGACUGCAUUAAUUCGAGGUUACUCUCUCAGUGGACCCUUUAGUGAGGCAGUUCCGCUAUAUAACCGUAUGAGGAAGGAAGGUACUACCCCUGUAACGUUCACUUUCUGUGCUCUCUUUAAGGCUUGUAGCGCGACCCUUGAUUUCAAUUCUGGUAGGCAGUUGCAUUGCCAGACCAUAUUGAUAGGUGGGUUUGAGUCUGAUCUCUAUGUUGGUAACACUUUGAUUGAUAUGUAUUUGAAAUGUGGAUUUUUGGAAUAUGGACGCCGGAUGUUCGAUGAAAUGAUUGACAGAGAUGUGAUUUCUUGGACAUCGUUGAUUGUUGCUUAUGCCAAGAGUGGAGAUAUGGAAGUUGCAGAAGAACUGUUUGAUGGCUUGCCUGAGAAGGAUAUGGUUGUAUGGACUGCAAUGGUUACAGGCUAUGCCCAAAAUGCAAGGCCAAAGGAGGCAUUGAGAUUGUUUGAGAGAAUGUGGGGUGCCGGUGUGGAAACAGAUGAAGUGACGUUGGUGGGUGUUAUUUCUGCUUGUGCCCAAUUGGGUGCUGAGAAGUAUGCUAGAUGGAUCCGGAAUGUUGCUGAGCAUGCAGGGCUUGAUCCGAGGACAAAUGUUGUUGUGGGCUCUGCUCUGAUAGACAUGUAUUCCAAGUGUGGCAGUGUGGGUGAAGCAUAUCAGGUGUUUGAGAUGAUGACGGAGAGGAAUGUGUAUUCUUACACUGCAAUGAUCGGGGGGUUUGCAAUGCAUGGGCAGGCUGAUGCUGCAAUGAGGUUGUUCUGUGAGAUGGUGGAGACAGAGACGAGGCCAAACAGAGUUACAUUCAUUGGGGCGCUUACUGCAUGCAGCCAUGCAAGGCUUGUUGAACAAGGGCGACAGUUGUUUGCAAGCAUGCAGGAAGUUUAUGGGAUCACACCUUCAGCCGACCACUAUGCAUGCAUGGUAGAUCUUCUUGGUCGGGCUGGGCACUUAGAAGAAGCCUAUGAGCUUGUGAAAACAAUGGAAAUUAAGCCCCAUGGUGGUGUCUGGGGAGCAUUACUUGGAGCAUGUCGUAUACAUGGGAAUCCUGAUAUUGCUGAGAUUGCUGUCAGCCAUCUGUUUGAUCUUGAGCCAAAUGGUAUUGGAAAUUAUGUAUUGCUUUCCAACAUUUAUGCAUCAGCUGGAAGAUGGGAUGAUGUUUCACGUAUGAGAAAGUUGAUAAGAAAGAAAGGUAUGAAAAAGAAUCCUGCAUGCAGCUGGGUAGAAGCAAACAAUGGAGUAAUUCAUGAAUUCUUUGCUGAUGACAUGACCCAUCCUAAGUCUAAUGAGAUCAAACAAGCUUUAAAGGAGCUUCUGGAAAGAUUAAAGCUUGCUGGGUACAAACCAAAUUUGACCUCUGUAGUUUAUGAUUUGAGUGACAAUGAGAAAGAGCAGUUGCUAAUGAGACAUAGUGAAAAGUUGGCUUUAGUGUUUGGGCUACUAACUACUAGUGCUGGCAGCUCCAUUCGGAUUGUGAAGAACCUAAGGAUAUGUGAGGACUGCCACUCAUUUAUGCUUAGUGUAUCUGGGAUCACAAGGAGGGAGAUUGUAGUUAGGGAUAACAUGAGGUUCCAUCAUUUCAGGGAUGGAUUGUGCUCCUGCAGUAAUUUCUGGUGAUUAAAGCUGAACUCCAACUCCAUCUAAGGUGUUUGGCUGCCCUACUUAAGUCAUUCUUAUGUCAUGCUCAUGUGGACCAAGGAUACAAAAAAUGACCAGUAAGUGGAUUAUUUUUCCUUGUGUCUCAUCAGAUAAUUGAAUUUUUCAUGCAAUGGCCAAUCCAAUAGACUGCUGCCUAGUUUGAUAAUGACAUUUCAUUUACUGAGAGCAAUGGGUGAAUGAUGAAGAUUCUAUUUAUCAUUUAAUCAAUGAAGUGAUUAUAUUCAACAUCGAAGAUUACACAAAACCUAGAAGAGGUAAGAAUAAACUUAUUCCAAGCUCCAAUUAUCAGAACUGAACUAAAUGAGUUGUUAAUUUUCCAGCUACAUGUACCUCCAUGUUGACAAAGGAAUCUAUUUUAUUCCUCUUAGGUUGUCAUUUAUUUAUUUAUAUUUUUUGUUUU